AUGUCUACAGGACAAGCCUCAUGUGGAGGAUUCAGCUUCGUGAAGGAUGCAUCCACGUCAGGCGGCAUCUGUCGGUUUCACGAGAGCGUCUCUUCUCCUGAUGGCAACCCUGACGCCACCUGCUACAUCCUCAGUGAGUGUCAGGCGGCGGAAGCGACUCUUCUUGCCGCCAGUGUGGUGCGCGGGGAGGCUCGUCAGGUGGCCAUGACUGCUGCACCUGUCUGGAGUCUGGACGAUAUCAGCAUCAGAGACGUUGGUCGUUUAUGCAACGAUAACUCGGGCGCUGUGGGUUUCAUGAUUGAAAAUUUAAUGUCUUCUGAAUUGAUGAUGUGCUUACCAUUUCCACCUAAACUGGCCUUCACUGCUCCAUAUUCGUUCAAGACAUGCAACGAGGGUCUAAAAUGUAUGUCGAUGGCCUGUCCUAGUAACUCCAUUUAUAUAGGAUGUAGGGGGAGGCCCAUAGAGUACACGCCCUGCAGUAACGGGUUCAGCAGCAGCGUGGCCACUCUUGACUCCAGCGACUGUCACGUGGUGGAAGGCGAUCUGCAGCCCAGCCCCUUCACCUUCUUCAAGUUGGUUCAGUGGCGGUACUGCAAUGGGAACGACACCCACUUCUACGUGAUGACCGAGGUGCAGGUGACCCCGACCGACAAUACCAUAGACAUCAUCAGCAUCAAGUGUUGCCGCAUCAAGCCUCUGUAA